AUGUCAGCUCCUGAAUAUCAUUUGGAUCAUGCUCAGGGGGAUGAUGCCGAACGUGGGCUGUCCCUGGCGAGCGAAACCACCAAGCGACCCAGCGAUGCUCAAAAUAGACGAAAGACAAACCUUAAAUACUCUAACGAAGGUAUAGAACUGGUACCACAGCCCUCAGAUGAUCCACGCGAUCCAUUGAACUGGCCCAUGUCGAAAAAGGUUGCCAUUUUUGGAAUCAUGUGCUUUGGAACCUUUAUUGGGACUGCGACUGCCGUGGCGAAUGUACUCGCAAUUCCCGCGCAAGCAGAAGACUUUGGUAUUACCCCAGAGCAGUCUUCCUACUCGAUCUCUGCCGUACUGGGAGGUAUCGUGGUUGGGCCCGUCUUGCUCGUGGCUGCUGUGCGAGUGUUUGGCGUCAUGUCGUGCUGCUUCUGGAGCGAAAUCGCCGUGGUGGCGACAUCCAUUUGGUCGUCGCUGAGCACUGGGCCCGGCUCGUUCAACUCAUUCUGCGCAUCCCGUGCCAUUGCCGGGUUGUUUUGUCCUACGACACAGGUGUUUUCUGCUGGUGUGAUUGCUCAGGUCUUCUUUCUCCACCAGCGCGGGAGGGCCUUUGCCAUAUAUUCCACCAUUUACAUGGUCUCGUCAGUGGCGGGACCGACUUUCUCUGCGUUCAUAGUUCAGUACCACAGUUGGCCAAUCUGCUUUUGGUGGACGGUUGCUGCAAACGGCCUCUCGGCUAUCCUCUUCUUCAUCUUGGGCGAGGAAACUGGCUGGGACAGAGUUAACAACAGGCCACCAUCGUCAUCUCCCAUACCCAGAACAUGGAUCGGCAGGCGAUGUGCUUUGUUUUUCCCAGGCACGCGCGUUGCUGCGCCUGGCAAGAUGGCCAAUAUUAAAAUGUCGUAUACUGUCUUCGCCAAGGUCUUUGUCAGUCCUAUCUGCGUGUUAGCAGGUGUAUACAACCUGAUCAAUUACGGUUGGUUCGUCAUGGCUGGAGUCCAGAUACCCAUUAUUCUGGUCACGCCACGUAACAUGGGAGGAUUUGGAUUCUCGUCCAAUGCCACUGGCUAUUUCUACUUCUCGGCCUGGAUUGGAUCCCUGAUCGGAGUUGGCUAUGGUAUACUGAUCAACGACCGUUUGCCUCUAUGGAUCAAGACACGGCGCCGCGGUAUAUGGCAUCCAGAGUACAGGCUACACACCGCGUGGUUUCCAGGUCUCAUCGUCGAACCCAUCGGUCUAGGGCUGUUUGGCGCAGCCGUCUUUUACCAUCUCCAUUACAUGGUGCUUGCAGUAGCCGAAGGCAUGAUUGUCUUUGGUGCGACUGCGUGUAUCUCGCCCGCGGUAAACUAUGUCAUUGAGGUUUUCAAGAGUCAUCCACAAGAGGUGGGCACUGCUCUCAACGUGUACCGCGUCGCUUUCACCGUGGCCAUUCAGUUCUUCUAUGCGCCCUGGACUUUGAGGGUAGGAAUCAAUUGGGUCUGGGGCAUCGCUUCGUUCUGUACCCUCUUCUCAUGCGUGCUAAUCGCUAUCCUGGUCUGCAAGGGCAAGCAAUUGCGCAAGUGCAGCCUGCUUCCUGAUGAAGCAGCAGAAGAGGAGGAGGCACAACAGCGAGUCUUGGAGUCAGCUUAUGAUCCAAUAGUUGCUACCAAAAACGAGUAUGAUUAG